AUGUGUCGUUCUGUGUCUGUGUCUGUGUGUUGCCAUGACGAUGACACACAGCCUCGCAGGCGCUCAAUCAGUGACAGUGACGCCGACGACAACCCCGCCGACAAGCUCAGUAAUGCGGAACACGCACCCAGUGAUGGCGAACAAGCCGCACCAGUCAUUGAUAGUGAGGAUGAUAUUCCCAUACGGAUACCCAAGAAGAAGUCCAGUGGCGCUAGUCGUAGUCCGAGCCCCCGCCGUAGCCGAAGCAGAAGCAGAAGCAGAAGCAGAAGCCGUAGUGGCAGUCCCAGGAAUGCAGACGACAACGAUCGGGCCGACAGUCCGCGCGACACGUCAAAUGCAUUGUUUGCAAGCGAUGACGCAAACGACUCAGACGACAUGCACAUUCCCAAGAAACGCAAAAAGGGCGACAGAGACGACGGCGACGCACACGGCAAGAAACGGAGGUUCAAGAAGGACAAGAAGGGAAAGAGAAAGGACAACCAACCCAAAACCAUGGACAGGGACGCAGAGCAUGUGGGCGAUGACGGCCCUAAACGCAGUCCUUCGCCAGAGAAGGUACUGUCACACUUUGACCAAGUAAUGGCGGACGAGCGCAGCAAGAAGCGGCACGUGACUGUUAAUGAAGAGGCGGUGGACUCUCUUGUGGCCAUGAUGGUCGACGACAUGGCAAUGGCCGCACAGAACGACCGCGAGUGUGUUGUGAGGGGUGAGUUAGCAAUGAACAAGUUACUUAAGCUGAACGAUGUGAUUGAGGAGUUGAGUAUCAAAAGUGCUGGCAAGAAGAACGACCACGCGAUGUCCAGACAGGAGAAUUACAUUGACAACGGCGUGCUCAUCGCUAUGAAAGCCUGGCUCGACCCCCUCCCCAAUAAAAAACUGCCACACGAGAAGAUCCGUCGAGAAUUAUUAGCCAUCCUCAAGGACAUGCACCUGGAAAACCAGAGAGAGAAUCUCAAGUCCAGUGGCAUCGGCAAGGCGGUGAUGUUCCUCUCCAAACACCCGCACGAAACGGCUAAGAACAAACAACUAUGCAACGAACUCAUCAACACCUGGUCCCGACAGAUUGCUGGGCUCUCCACAGACUAUCGGAACUUAAAUAAAGAAACGCGGAGAGAGAUGUUGUUGCAAGAGAAGGCGCAGUUGGAAGAACGCAAACGUAUAGCAGCCGCCAGUGGCAGGAAGAUUGUGGUCAGAAAAUCACUAAAUCAACCCGUGGCCACGGUCGUGAAUAAUGACUUGGACGAAGCUAUGUCAAACAAUGAAAAGAAACUGAGGCCCGGAGAUAAAGGUUGGCGACGACAUGCCACAGUUCCAAAACCGGUUCAGAGAGAUUACCUUAUUAGUCCCAGUAGUAGGAUAGUCCAUGAGGAGUCAUCUGCAGCACCAGUUAAGAAGGGUUCGAGUCGAGCGUCACAAAUUGUUAAGAAACAGAAAGACAAAAAGAAUAAGAUGGGUAGCCUUCAUCACAUGUCUAUCGAAGGCCGUGGCCUAAAUUGAGAUAUUUACAAAUAAAGUACAAUGGUAUAUUCGCA